UGUCUUUCUGGACAUCAUGAGAGGCAGCAUGAAGCAACUUGCGCUGUUGGUACUCUUCUGCGCGGUUGCGGCCGCCGUGGACUUUGAGACUUACUGCAAACCCACGUACGACAGUGGUCCCUGCAAGGGUUACUUUCCGAGGUGGUGGUUUAACGUGAAGACCGGUCAGUGUGAGGAGUUCAUCUACGGAGGUUGCCAGGGAAACAAGAACAACCACGUGACCAGGAAGGAGUGCGAAACAAGAUGCCUUAGGAAGCAACUGAGUCGGCUGCAUUUUUCCCCACCGGUGGACCAGUACCCCUACGGGGACACCGAGCGCUCGAAUGAGGAAGUGCCGGAGUAUCCGCCGGUCCAUCUCAACGAUUCUAUGGAAGUGUCAGCUGUAGUUAACCAUCGCCCACUCCGGAACUACACCAAACAACACAAGCCCAACGUGACUUCGGAUUUUUCCGCCACCAGUCUCACUUCCGGCGUGGACUUCGAGACUUACUGCAAACCCACGCAUGACCGUGGUCCCUGCAAGGCUUACAUCCCAAGGUGGUGGUUCAAUGUGAAGACCGGUCAAUGUGAGCAGUUCAUCUAUGGCGGUUGCCAAGGAAACAAGAACAACUACGAGACCAAGAGGAUUUGCGAAACAAACUGCCUCAGGAGGCAACUGAGUGAACUUGAAGUCUCGGCUGAUGUGCAUUACCGCAAACACUGGAACGAAACCAAAUACAGCCCAAAUGUGACGGUAGAAUACUCUGCCGUCCACUUCAAUGUGACACUGAACCCUGUGUGCAACGAACCUAAGUAUCCAGGACUAUGUAAGGGCUAUUUCCCUCGUUAUUACUACAACAACAAGACCAAGACAUGCAAGAAGUUCAUCUAUGGAGGAUGUCAGAGCAAUGGCAACAACUUCCUAACUCUCGAGGAGUGCGAGAACACAUGUUUGGUUGCAGAUGCUCUUGAAGUCUCGGCUGACGUGCAUUACCCUAAGCAUUGGAACAACACCAGGCACUGGAACGGAACCGAACACAGGCCCAAUGUGACGUCAGAAUACUCUGCUGUCAGCCCCGACGCUGGCUUCGACUUCGAGACUUACUGCAGACCCACAUAUGACCGUGGUCCCUGCAAGGCUGGCAUCUGGAGGUGGUGGUCCAACGUGAAGACCGGUCAAUGUGAGAAGUUCCUCUACGGAGGUUGCCGGGGAAACGAGAACAACCACGCAACCAUGAAGGAGUGCGAAAUAAGGUGCCUUAGGCUACUCAGCACAGUUGAAAUCUCGGCCGACGCGCAUUACCGGAAACACUGGAACGGGACCAAGUACAGCCCGAAUGUGACGACGGAAUACUCUGACGUUCACCUUAAUGUGACAGUGAACCCUGUGUGCAACGAACCUAAGUAUCCAGGACUAUGUAAGGGCUAUUUUCCUCGUUAUUACUACAACAACAAGAGCAAGAAAUGCAAGAAGUUCAUCUACGGAGGAUGUCAGAGCAACGGCAACAACUUCCUAACUCUCGAGGAGUGCGAGAACACAUGUUUGGUUGAUCUUCAAGUAUCGGCUGACGUGCGCUACCCUAAGCACUGGAACAACACCAAGCACUGGAACGGAACGGAACACAGGCCCAAUGUGACAUCAGAAUACUCUGCUGUCAGCCUGAAGGCUGGCGUCGACUUUGAGACCUACUGCAAACCCACCUACGACAGUGGUCCCUGCAAGGGUUACUUUCCGAGGUGGUGGUUCAACGUGAAGACCGGUCAAUGUGAGCAGUUUAUCUACGGAGGUUGCCAGGGAAACAAGAACAACCACUUGACCAUGAAGGAGUGCGAAACAAGAUGCCUCAGGCGACUCAGCGCACUUGAAGUCUCGGUUGACGCGCUUUACCGGAAACACUGGAACGGGACCAAGUACAGCCCGAAUGUGACGGUGGAAUACUCUGCCGUCCUUCUCAAUGUGACACUGAACCCUGUGUGCAACAAAACAAAGUUCCCAGGACCUUGCAGAGGCUAUUUCCCUCGUUAUUACUUCGACAAUGUGACCAAGACUUGCGAGAAGUUCAUCUACGGAGGAUGUCAGAGCAACGGCAACAACUUCGUCACUAUCGAAGAGUGCAAGAAAACCUGCUGGGUGUCUCUGGACCAGAAUGCUGUUGAGGAGAUCGGUGCCUUCGAAGUUCCCUUCCAUCCAUUUGCGCCACCUGAAGUGUGUACCUACCCGGCCGACUCGGGACCCUGCAAGGCAUACAUGCCUCGCUUCUUCUACAACACCGAGACGAAGAAAUGCGAGGAGUUCAUCUACGGAGGAUGCGGGGGCAACGCCAACAACUUCCUCACCUUCGAUGCCUGCGAGAAGAAGUGCCUGAAGGUCUUUGGCGUCAUUCCCCGCGCCUAAGUUAGAAAUGAGCUUGUCCAGUGAAUCUUCGGAAGAGGCACGCCUUCAAGGACCUCGCAGUAAUGACAAUACAAAUAAUAAAUAAUGGAAGACCCGUAUUCUAUUUUUGAUCUGUCAUACGAAUGUGAAACAAAAGUGAGACUGAAGUGUACUCCCUGGAAGCGCCCUGCCUUGUCGGUUUGCUAUGGAUAUUUCACUCUUGUAACGCUGCAAGGUGAAAGCCUGGCUGUACUCACGUAAACGAAAUGAGUUUCAAUGAUCAUCUGCACAUUCUUGGCAUUAAAUUAAUUUGUGGGAUGCCGCGACAACAGAGGCAUGGAUCCCGACAAGAAAAGAUAAUAGUUCAUUCAGCUAUAGAAGUUGCAUCGCUUGAGCAUUCUGACACUGCGCUCAUCUGAGGUAGCGGAGCAAUGGUAACCUUGAAGUAUCCUUAAACUGAACGUAUUCCUGAAUAUCCUGUGCCGUCCUCGCCAUUGGUGAGUGGAAAAUGCCUGUGAACUGAAAGGAUCAUCACCUUCCCCCUGCCCCCACCCCUUGUCGCAGGAUUAUUUCAUGAAUCAAUAUAGUUGUUUAUCUACCUACCUAUAUGCACGCAGAAAUUAAAUUCAUACAAAUACUUCAUCCAUCUCGUAACACUAAGUUGCAAGCAAUAAAAAAACUGGCAUUGGCUCC